UUCUGGAAUAUUGUUCACGAAUUACCUCGAGACAUCCCAAGAGGACCUUUCAAGGAAUCUCGAUGAUCCUGCCAAACCGAAUCCUAUCCUCUCGGAUAAUAUCCUCAUUGUCAGAAGAAUUCGAGUGUGGAUAACGAACAAUCAUUAUUCGGAUUGGUGUUGUGUAAUCGCGCGUGUCCCUUGGAUGCAAUGAUUCUGGACAGUUUUAUCAGUGAUUAAGAUUCCACGUACACAGAGUGUUAUUAAUACGAAGGGAAAUCUUUCGUCGGAAUUAUCAUUUUGUGCUAUUGUGAAUAUGUUGUGAUGUUUACGUUAAACAACGUCACUUCUUCAGAAUAAUAUAACAAAGGUGUCCAACAUUCGCUCAUACGAGAUAUUAAUUAUAGAGAAGAUCAUUCGUCAAAUUGAUUAAUCUCAUAAUAGAAGAAGAAGAAGAAGAAGAAGAAGAAGAAGAAGAAGAAGAAGAAGAAUAUUUCAUUCAUAAAAAUGUUUCUAAAAAUCAACCUUUUUCCUUCUGGACUCACUGAGAAUUCAUUUCACGAAUCUUUUCAAUGCUCCAACGACUUAGGAUACCAAUGUGUCUAACUAUUCGUCCAAUGACAUCUCGAAUUUUAAUUAAAACUUGUCAUAAUCAUAAACAAAGAUUCGCAGGGAUAUCGAAUAAUCGUGUCACGCUCUGCGUAUCGUUUUUCUCUAGAAGAGGCAACAAGCAACGAGCUUGAUCUUCGUUAAUUCGUACCUAGAUUGUGUAUCCGGAAUCAUUCGUAAAACUUUGACCACAGAAUGGGAGAGAAAAAGAUGAAGAAGUUGAUACCGUCGAAUGAGAAAUUAAAAGGGAUGAUGUAUUAAAAGAAGAUUUCUGCUUAUUCGUUAUAAGAACGAAAACGAUAAUGUUAAAUGACUGAACUGGCCGAUAAGAAAAUAUUCGUUAAGAAAUAUCAUUGGUGUUAUCAGAUGAAGAAAGGAUUAAGAUUCUAAAGAUCAUCUUUUGGAAACUGGGUUGUUCGGUGGUUCGAACCGAAUGGAAGGAUGUUUCAUCCGGCGUUCUGACUGCCUAUGGAUAUAUUCGACCGUUGCAACGGCGGCGGCGGCGGAAGCACGGUAACCGGAAGCGGCGGCGGUGCUUCGGUGAGGACAUCGAGCAACGAGUCUGGCAGUGGAACGUCUAGCGGUGGAAGUGAGAGCGGCGGAGGAUCGUCUAGCAGGAUGCAGUUGACAGGAGCUUCGGCUCCUGGGGCGGCUGCCUCACCGGAGUCCGGCGUCUCGCCAUUGACGGACGCUUAUACGAAAAUGACCAGCGAUAUACUUGCCGAGAGAACGCUUGGUGAUUUUGUUAGCGAGCAUCCUGGCGAACUCGUCAGGACAGGCUCACCGCAUUUGGUUUGUACCGUUUUACCAGCCCAUUGGAGAUCCAACAAGACGUUACCAGUGGCGUUUAAGGUAGUAGCUCUCGGAGAAGUCGGCGACGGUACAUUAGUGACGGUUCGAGCUGGUAACGAUGAGAAUUGUUGUGCUGAGUUAAGAAACUCGACGGCGUUGAUGAAGAAUCAGGUGGCGAAAUUCAACGAUCUGAGGUUCGUCGGUAGAAGUGGCAGAGGAAAAAGUUUCACCUUGACGAUAACAGUUUCAACAACGCCACCUCAAGUGGCUACUUAUACGAAGGCUAUCAAAGUGACCGUAGACGGCCCACGUGAGCCGCGAUCCAAGACCAUGCUGUCUCUUUUAGGGCAGCAGCAACAGUUUCACGCAUUCGCCUUUGCCUCGCAACGUGGUGCACCAUUUUUCGCAUCCCCACUGGUGGAUCCUCUACAGUCUCUACCGAAUCCUCUACAGCCGUUGCCGAACCCGUUACAACCACGGGAUCCUCUGUCGUCUUUCAGGCACGCGAUGCCUGGUAAUUGUCAGACUUUGAACAUCAACUUACAAAUGAAGCUCAGCGAGCUUUGGCUAGCUAACUCCCUUAGGGUCUUACACACAGACAUGUCUCAAUUCGGUUUGACGGCGAGCAACUCCUGGGGAUACGGAAGUACAGCAGGAUAUGCUGGGUACCUUCCUGGUCCUCUUUCGUCUUGCGCGGCACAAGCGUCUUUUCCACCCCCGCCACCUCCUCCUCCUCCACCACCACCACCGUCGUCUUCUUUGGCGUCCUUCGCUGGUACCGCUGCUAUGACCACGCCGACAGCUCCCGAUUCGACUGCGGGAUCGGCCGUCACUUCCGGUACCACCGGUACUACGCCUCAGCAGGACGCUUUCACCGGGGUAUCCUCGCUAGUACCGGACACGACAACGCCAGGUCAAUCCGAUCCAUUGGAUCCACUGAGCACACUCAUGUCCGGCACAACGAGUCAAAGAUAUCAAGACUACGUUUCUCCAAGGUCCUUGUCAACGGACUCAAGCACCACGGAGAGUCCUGUUCACGAGGAGCAAGGAUUCGGCCAGAACUACGGGAACUACUUUCCAACGCCAGGCGUAUUGCCGAGUAUACUUUACUCUCAGCUCUAUGGGAAUCAAUUCCAGAACUCGGAGAGUCCUGAACAGAGAGCAGUCACCGAGAGUUGUAGCGUUAGACAGGAAGAGGUUAGACCGGAUAAUAAUGUCUGGAGACCUUAUUGAGAGAGAAACGAGGCGUCGGGUCGUCAUUCCCGAUCGUCAUUGAGCGUUCAGACAUUUUAAACAGACUGUGAUAGGUAUUCAAUUUUGGAUUAAACAACGAGAGUCGUUAUCGACGAAGCCGGCUGUUAUUGUUUUUGAACAGAAGCCGAUGAAACAACGAGUCUCUAUUCAGGGCCGACACGUGAAUGUUAUUAUACGUCUCCUCUUCUUUAUCGGGCCACAAAUUCGUUUUUAUUUCUUCGUUUCUCUUAAUUUUUUUUUUUAAACCUAACUUUACUUUUCUUCCUUCCGUGGAGAUCUUCUCGAAUCGUCGAGAUCAUCGGAUCUUCGAAAGUACGAAAGAAAAAUAAUAAAAAAAAAAAAAAAAAAAAAAAAGGAAAAAACGCUUGGCUGUAAACGCACUCGUUUUCAGGAAUUCGUGCAUUAGGUGUUAAAUAAACUAUAGCUUCGCUAUGGACCUCUUUCAAUUGUAUCUUCGAAUUGUAUCGACGAACUUUAUCACGAUGCAAAGGGACAAUGAAAAGGUCUGUAAUUAAUUACGGAAAUGGCUCGUGCGAGCGAGAGUGUGCGACACGGUGCGGCGGUUGGUAUUAACGAUUAGGCCAAAUGGCGAUAUUGUAUAUAGUUGUACAUAGAUAAAACGUCUGUCGUUUCGUCGAAUUCAUUAAUCGACAAUGAUAAUGAUGAUGAUGAUGAUGAUUAUGAUAAUGAUGAUGAUGAUGAUGAUGAUGAUGAUGAUGAUGAUGAUGAUGAUGAUGAUGAUGACGAUGACGACGACGACGAUGGUAAUGAUAAUGAUCAUAACGAUGAUAUUGAUACUGAUAAUUAUGACGACGAUGAUGCUAUCGAGAUACGACGCGAGAGACAAUUUAUUUCUUUAUGUUUUCAUAGUAUAUAUAUACAUAUAUAUAUGUAUAUAUAUAUAUAUAUGUAUAUAUAUAUAUAUAUAUAUAUAUAUAUAUAUAUAUAUAUAUAUAUAUUUCGAAUGAGUACGAUAUUUAUAUCGUGGGACAUUUGUGCAAUUUCUCGUCGAGUUCAAUCUCGAUGUGAUCCGACGCUUACGGUGUUAACGUCCAGCGAAAAGUGAUCUCUUUCGAUUCUCAAUGGAAGCGACAAAAAUUUGAUAAACGAAUUUAAUUUUAUGAAAAUAUAGGGAUAUAACAAAAAAAAAAAAUAAAGAAAACAAAAAAGAAAAAACAACAACAAUAAAAUAACAUCGAACAAAAUUAAUGUCGUUCCUAGAGAGGGUAGGAAGAGAAUCUUUGUCGCAUAGCGAGCGAAUGAGAGUGAGAGAGUGUGAGAAUGAGAGUGUGAAAAAGGAAGCGAGAUAGAGAGAUAGAGAAAGAAAGAGAGAGAGAGAGAGAGAGAGAGAGAGAAAGAGAGAGAAAGAGUGAGAGAGAAAGAGAGACGAAGAACGACGGCGAUGUUCGUUCGUAGAUUACAAAGAAAGCGAUUCAACGAAGAAAAAAGGCUCUGCACCAGUGGUAUGCUGCCGAGGACCUCACAUCGAAAUUUCCGUUAAAGAAACGAAAUUCGAAGUCUCGAAGCUCGGUUUUGCUCGCCUCGAGAAAUAGAUGAAUAAGAGAAAGAAAGAGAAAAUGAGAGAGAGAGAGAGAGAGAGAGAGACAGAAAUAAAGAAAGGAAGAUAGAUAGAUAGAGAAAGAGAACGAGAAAAUCGACGCUCGAGAUAAAAAGAACGAGAAAAUCGACGCUCGAGAUUUCUUCUUUCAUUGUCAGCCCGAACUUCGAAAUUUUCCCCUGGCCGUCGGCGACGCUUAUUCGUUUUUCCACGCCGACGACGAAUACACAAACACACAUACACAUUGCGUUCACGAGAAUGAUUUCCGAUAUACAUAUCCAUUACCUAUUGUUAUCGUAGUUUUUGACCGAGUCGAAAUAAAAAGUGUAUUUCAAAAUAUGAUGUUCGCUUUGUUAUGUGUUCCAUUGCAAUUGACUGACAUUACGUAUGCCUUUUUUCUCGUUGAGAGAUUUUCUUCAUUCAUUUUGUUUUUUUAUUUUAUUUUAUUUUAUUAUUAUUAUUUUUUUUAUUUUUCGUUUUAUUAAAUCAUCACGUCU